UUUAAAAAAGUGAAAGAGGCGAUGCCCUCAACAAUUUCUCUGUGCAUUGCGCCAAUUCCGAUGCCGCCUCCCCAGACGUCCGCCCUUCCCUAGAUUUUCCUCUUUUCUCUCUAAUGCCUUAAUACGAUUCUUUUAAUAUACGAAAACGACGAAAUGUUAUCCUCGAGAGCCUCUCUCGCCGCCACGAGGCGUCUAGGCCCCACUACGAGUUUCGCUCAACAAGCCGGUUGGACAUGCGCCAAGUGUCGCAACUCGAUUCCAACACUUCGAAAAGGGGUUCCGAGCCUACUUCGCGCGAAUGGCCCGACAACGAGACGAUAUGGCAGUAAGACUGGCGACAACGGAGGGCGCCAGGACCAUAACUAUGGUGGCAGAUCGAGAGCCAGGAGGUCAGCUGUGCUGGCCGCAACAGGAGGUGGUGUCGCCGCCGCCGCCGCUACGGUUGGUGGAAGUUUACUUGCCUUCGGGGACGACAUCAAGAACUCGUAUGAAGCGAUGGAGAGAACGGGCAGGGUGGCUGCCGCACUGGUACUCUGCAUCAACGACUACUACACCACCCUCGGCCGGCGGGAUAAGGUGGAGAAGCCAGAAGAGAAGGAAACUCUGCUCAAGGCCUGCCACCAGAGAUGUGCCGACAGGACAUUAAAGGUUCUAGAGCAGAGUGGUGGCAUCUUCAUCAAGUUGGGACAGCAUCUGAGCGCAAUGAACUAUCUCCUCCCACCCGAAUGGACCACGACGUUCAUCCCCCUCCAAGAUAGAUGUCCCGUUUCCUCGUUCGAAUCGAUCCAAGCCAUGUUCAAAGCCGAUACCGGACAAGACCUUUUGGAUUACUUUUCCGAGUUCUCCCCCGAGCCGAUAGGUGCCGCCUCUCUUGCGCAGGUCCAUAUGGCUACGAUCAGGGAAACUGGUCAAAGGGUCGCCGUCAAAGUACAGCACCCAUCCCUUAAGAAAUGGGCCAAACUCGACAUGAACCUCACCUCGUUUACCUUUUCCACAUUGAAGCGCUUCUUUCCUGAAUAUGACCUCGAGUGGCUAUCCUCCGAAGUAGAGGUUUCGUUACCGCAAGAACUCAAUUUCGAAUGCGAGGCUGAGAAUUCGAAACGGACAAAGGAGUACUUUGGGAGUCUGUCACAGCCUCUGCCGCUGGUGAUCCCGGAUGUGCUCUGGGCGAAGAAGCGCAUUUUGGUUAUGGCAUGCGAAACGGGCAAGAGACUGGAUGAUUUGGACUACAUGGACUCGCAAGGGAUCGACAGAGACGAGGUAUCUGCCACCUUGGCGAGGAUAUUCAACGAGAUGAUUUUUGGUGAGGGGGCCCCGCUGCACUGCGAUCCUCACGGAGGCAACAUCGCCAUUCGAAAGAACGACACUAGAAGAAGAGGGCCGAACUUUGAUAUUGUGCUCUAUGACCACGGGCUGUAUAGAGAUAUCCCCCAGGAUUUGAGGAGGAGCUACGCCAAGAUGUGGCUGGCAGUGAUUGAUGGGGAUAUGGAAGGGAUGAAGAAGUAUGUCAACGAGGUGGCGGGCAUUGGGGAGGACAAGUUCCCUCUGUUUGCCUCGGCCAUCACUGGGAGGGACUUUAUGAUUGUGAGCGACACCAAUGAGGGUGGUGUGAUGAAGCCGAAGGAGGCGAGCGAGCAAAAGACCAUGAGCACUGCGUUGCAAGAGGGUUUGCUGGCGGACUUGGUGCAGAUGUUGGGACAAGUGCCGAGAAUUAUCCUGUUGAUUCUGAAGACGAACGACUUGACGAGGAGUCUGGAUGAGAGUUUGCAUACAAAGCAGGGGCCGGUCAGACAGUUCCUGAUUCUGGCCAGGUAUUGCAUGCGGACGGUGUUUUACGAGCAGCUGGAAGAGAUCAAGAAGAGAGGGAGUCUGUACUGGCCACCAAAUGCCAUCAGGGUGUUUGCUGCCUGGCUGGGAUUCUUGAGAGUAGAAUUGAAGCUUGAGGCGUUUGAACUUUGGUUGAGCGCGAAGCGGUUGCUGGGAUACAAGAACUUGGGGUUAGAGGCGGCUGCAUGA